UCUGAAGUUACCACAACAGGAAGCGUCACUGUGCUAAAAACAUUGGAGGAGGAAAAGUGCAACGAAACGCUGUCGAACACGAAGUUGCAGGAAUGUUUCCUUUUAAGAAAAUGUGUUAAUUUGUGAAAUAAUAUUUUUAUAGUCCACAACUUGUCUUCAUUUGAUCGUCAUCCAUCUUGAGAACUGUCGAAUUUGCGUCACUAGCAGCCCUCGAUAGAUAGCUGGUGUUGACCAAAAUGGAUGACAGCAAGAUGGUGGGAGGCAAAGUCAAGAAACCCGGUAAACGAGGCCGUAAACCCGCUAAGAUUGAUCUGAAAGCGAAGUUGGAGAGGAGCAGGCAGAGCGCCCGGGAGUGCCGAGCCAGGAAGAAGCUCCGGUAUCAGUACCUGGAGGAACUCGUGUCCAGCAAGGAGAGGGCCAUCUGCGCCCUGAGGGAGGAGCUGGAGAUGUACAAGCAGUGGUGUACAGCCAUGGACCAGGGGAAGAUCCCGUCUGAGAUAAAGGCCCUACUGACAGGAGAUGAACAGAAGCCUCCUCAGAGCUCCUCCACCAAGAACAGCUCCAAGAACAGCAACCAGAGCUAAAUGUGUUGGGAGUGCCUAGACCAGAACUAGUCUGACUGUCAGUUUGCUAGAGGCGGCAGCCCUGGGUUGUAUUCAUUAGGGAAAUGAUAUCAAACGUUGUGCAACAGAAAACGGGGGUGUUCAUAUAAUACCUACCCCGUUUUUUCCAUCCUGUUUGCUUCCGUUUGUUGCCCUGGUGAAUACGACCCAGAGCGAGUCUGUCUGAUGAAAGGUCCCAGGCCAGAGCUAGGCAGUAGGUACUCGGUCUGUCAUGCCAGACCGCUCCACUGUAUAAGGCCUCUGUGACAGAGAGUGAAGAGGUGUCUCACCGGUCUGUCUGAUUCAGCCCCUCUAGAGGAGACGCGCACAGCAACAGAACUGUCAGAGACACGUAUCAUUACUGACGCUGGAGGACCUUCAGAGUAAUAGCUCGUAUUAUUUACAGUUGUAAUCCACAUUUACUGGACUGAUUUAUCAUGCCUGGUUCACUAAUUGCAACUCUUGGAUUCGUUAAUGUUCGUAAUGUGAGAUGUGUUAUUAGUUGCAGCUUUAGACGCCUUUAGACAGCCUGUAUUAUUAUUGACCCGUUAAUUUCCUCUCUCGAUGUUUUAGCUGAGGAAGUGUUUAAUGGUACAUGGAUGAAACCAGGACAGAGGAAGUGAAAGGGGGGUUUUAGGCUGUGCAUGUCCUCCCUGGCCUAGACAUUCAGACAAAACAAAAGCACAUAUUCACCUUGAAAAUAAGGAAUUACUCUUUUGACCUUUUAUUGGUUAGUUUGUGUUGGGAAAGGAGCAGAACGAUGGUAACAUCCCAAAUGGCACUCCAUUCCCUAAAUAGAGCCCUGGUCUAAAGUAGUGCACUAUAUAGGGAAUAGGGCUCUGGUCUAAAGUAGUGCACUAUAUAGGGAAUAGGGCUCUGGUCUAAAGUAGUGCACUAUAUAGGGAAUAGGGCAGCAUUGGGGACAUGUAUAUCUUGUCAUAGCAGAAAAGAUGUAUCUGCAGAGAUGAUGAUGAUGUAAUGAUAUACAGCACUGUGUUGAAUGUAUUUAUAUGUUUGUAUUGGAUCACAGAAAGCCCCUUUUUUUCCUGGUUGUUGUAGAACGUAUAGAAGGUCUGUCAGACAAAAGAAAGAUCUUUCCCAUUUCGUAGAGAUGUUCAAGUCUCUUGUUUGUGUGAAAGGCUAGAAUGGGGACACGUCCUUACCAGAACAGAAGCUGCUGAGGCAUUGCUCCACCUAUGUUGUCUUUCAGUGACGUUACAUUGUAUCAUGUGGUAUCUAAUCGAGGCCUAGACGACUCAUGUUCUUUCACCAUAAUGCAACCAAAAUAUAGUGUGUACCUGUACCUGUUUUGGUUUACAAAUGAUGUUUCUAUUGUCCUGAGGAAAUUAAACAAGGACUCAUUAAUAGACAUUCA